AUGGCCGAUAAAAAGGAUUAUGUUGCAAUUGCUGAACUGGAAAAACAAAUUGCCGAUAAUGCGACAAACUUUCAAAAAUGGAAAAACGCGAAUGCACUGCAACGCGGGUCGAUAGAGUACAACGAAGGAGUCACUCGAUUCACUGAUUGGGAUAGAGAUCUUCGAGCUAGAUUAGCAGCUCAUCAAGGAAUCAAUGUCGAAUCAGGUCCGAAAAGUAUUGAUGCAGUACUCGAUGAGUUACUCGACAAAGUAGAUAUAUCUGGAUUCGCACAAGCUAUUCACAUCGCUAACUCAGCAGAUCCAACAUUUUAUCAAAGUUUGCUUCAAGGAUUUCAAAAUCACAAAUUAAACCCUCCAAAACCAGUAUUUCAAAUGGCCAGGACUCAAUUUUACCCCGGGUUCGCUUCAAGUCCAUACAGCUACGCUGCUCCACAAUCAACAGUCUCCGUUCCUGCCUACAGACCUUCGGUCUCAUCAGUGGUGAACGUUCAAAGGCCAGUGUCGCCAAUCCGCGACUACCAGAAAAAGUCAGGAGCACCAUUCCGCGACUUCAGUGUUUAA